GCUUGAUGCUCGCCCUCGGGCACCAUCCAUAAGCUCCUCGCAUUACAUGCUUAUCGCGGUCCACAGCGCAGAAUCAUGACCUUUCAUCUCGCCAUGCUUCUGCUGAGCUUCCUAACGCUUUAUACCGUCGGUCUCGGUGCAUCGCAUACCUCGGGCUCCGAAUGCAAGUCUACGCUCAGCGUUGCCAAGCGAAUCGUCGAACGGCUACAGUCCAACUAUGAUCAGACGCCAGUGUUCGGUUAUAAGGGAGGCCAACUAUGGACUGACGCGAAUGCGCUAGAGGACGUCCACAACUACAUGCUGUUCGCCAACUCCAAGGAAUUCGACAAUCUAGCCGGCACCUCUGAACUCGGAGUUCUCGCAUUUCUCAACCUUGACUGGGAUAUCGUCCUCGACGGUUCGUACGACGACGCGCAAUGGCUCAUCCUUGCAUACUGGAAGGUCGCCGACUACAAGAACGCGCACAACGAGGUUUCCCAGGAUUACUUGGACGCCGCGCUCGCAAUUUACGACCUUGUGGCGAGCCAGUGGGAUACGAGUAAUUGUGGCGGAGGCGUCUGGUGGAGCAAGGAUCACACCUAUAAGAACGCCAUCACCAACGAAUUGUUUAUAUUGACUUCGGCCGAAGGCUACAAACGUUAUGGAAACCAGACAAUGCUGGAUAACGCUAUCAAGGCAUGGUCGUGGUUGGAGGGAAGUGGUAUGCGAAAUGCCCAAGGCUUGUACAACGACGGCAUCGAUUUUAUCUUCUGUCAUAACAACAAUGAAACUACGUGGACGUACAAUCAGGGAGUUAUCGCCUCUGCCCUCGGCGCCCUCUUCGCCGCCACGGGAAACACCACUCUACUAUCCGAAGCCGAAAUCACACUAGACGCCGCCAUCAGUCACCUCACCAUCGUCUCCAACGCCACCGACGCCACGGCCACCAAUUCUACGAUCCUGAAAGAAUCUUGCGAUGAUGCCGUGCACUCUACCUGCAACUUGGAUCAACAAAUAUUCAAGGGAAUUUGGACGAAGCAUCUCAUGUACUAUCUUGACUCUGCGAACGAUACGAGCAGAGCACAGAAAUACGCGCCUUUCAUCGGCUCGCAGGCGAUUGCUGUGGCAGAUUUCGCUAUGAACAAUGACUCGGACGUUGGGAAUGUAUGGCGAGGAUCGGAGCGGUUGCUGGAAUGGGGUACAAGAAAGGCGUUCGCUGAUCGUCCCGCAGUAUGGCCCGUGUCCCAUAUCGGUUUUAUCAAUAUCUCACGCCGAGAAGGCAAGGCCGAUGAAUCUGCAACUCUGGGCGACAUUCGCCAUUGCGUUGAUGUCACUGAUAGGUUCCUGAUCAUUUGUGGUACAUCUGGCAGAGCGACCAUGCAUCUUGUGAUCUGUCCCGAUGACGAUGACACGAUUUUUUUUUACAACCGAACCGAAUGA